UUUUCGGAAUGGAGGCUAGAAAGCACCUAGAGGACUUGAGCAAAGACGUCACCUGCUCCAUCUGCCUGGAGUAUUUUGACGAGCCGGUCUCCCUGGAUUGUGGGCACGUUUUCUGCAGGGGCUGCAUUCUGGUCUUCUGGGAUGGUGGGAACUGUUCCUGCCCGGAAUGUCGCUGCCGGCUGCCGGCGAGGGCACUCAGGCCCGACAGACGGAUGGCCAAUAUCGCGGGCACUGUCCGCUCCCUGACGGCCGCGCUGGGAGAUGGAGGACACGGCCAGACACUCGGCCCGUUGUGCGGGACCUCGAACGAGCCUCAGCACCGGAACGCCAGAGGCAGGCACGCCAAGGUAAAGGAGCUCACAAAAAAUAUGGAAGCUGAAUUUAUCAAGCUACACCAAAUUCUUGAUCGAGAAGAACAGGCAGUGAAAAGACGACUCCAGCAGAGACAGCAAGAAGUAUUGCACAGGAGCAGGUUUGACAGCAGGGCAGCAGCUGAAGUGAAUCCUUCCUUCCUACAAGUGAUGUGGAAUUUUCUGCAGGACAUGAAAACAGUUCUUAGUGGACCCAGUGAAGAAAUCAAGCAGGAAGAUCAAGUUCCAGACAAUAUGUUGAUGGGUGAAUUUGGAGGCCCCUUUCAGUAUACUGUCUGGAGGCAGAUGAGAAAAUCUAUCAAACCAGCAUUGGCCAAUUUGACUCUGUGCCCACAGUCUGCUCACCCUCGUCUCAUCUUGUCUGAAAACAUGACCCAAGCAAGUGUUGGUUAUGUGCAACAGCGCCUUGCAAACAAUUCAAAGAGGUUUCUACGUCGCAUCUGCGUGCUGGGAUCGAGAGGAUUUACGUCGGGCAGACACUACUGGGAAGUUGAGGUGGAUCGGGGGGCCAAGUGGAUCCUCGGGGUGGUGCAGGAGUCAGUUCAGAGAAAAGAGCUUGAUGAUCUGACCACGCCCAAUGGCUACUGGGUCAUAAGUCCGCACACAACCAGUUGGCUGCAGUGGCUGAUCGACAUCUUUGCACAGAAGGAAAGGACUUCACAAAAGCUUGACCACCUUGUGCUUCAGGUGAAUCCGAAGAGGGUUGGUGUUUAUUUGGACUACGAUGGAGGUCAGGUGUCAUUUUACAACGCAGAGGACAUGUCUCACUUGUACACCCACAGUGGCAGGGCAAUGACUGGUAAACUGUUUCCACUCUUUUCGCCGGGGACUGCCUCAAACAAUCAAAUGAAACUUCUCCAGUUCUCACCGUAAAUCCAGCCUGUCCUGGGCUUUACCGCAGCGCUAGUCACCUUCAACAAGCACUGAACAGAAACUGUUCGCGUUUUUAACGAGUUGCAUCAUACAUCUCCUCAAAAAAAGUAACACGAACCAUGGUGGCCAUUCCUCUGCCUCCACUGGAUAGGAUGACACAUCCAUCACAAAACCAAGCCUUCCACCCAUUGCAGUAGGACAGGGCAGCUCACAAGAGUGCGGAAAUUAAUGUUAUUGAUACAAGUAGAGAGAAAGUACGAGAAAAACACGAGGGACAGAAUUUCAACAAAACCCUAGGAAUGAGCAUCCUUUCCCAUGUCUUGAAACUGAAGGGGAGAGCCACUCCCUUCUAAAUAGCUCAAUGAUCAUUACAGUUGCUUGCAAAUCAAUACUAACUGCACUUGAUUUACAUUUUGGACUUAUUAAUCUGAAUGCAUAUGGCUGUUAAUUGGGCAUACAACGUAAUUAGAAAAACUCAAGAAAUGGCAGCAGGAUGAUAAAUUACACAAGUAAGUUCUCCGCUCAUCAUCACAUGGUCACAUCAGACACACUUAACCGCCUGCUCCCCAUAUCCGUGUGUUACCCUGGGAAAUUAAAAAUCUGUCCAUCUCAGUUGAGUCCAUCUAUGUGACAACACAUUCACAAACCACCAGGGGUAGAGAAUUCAAAACCUUUCUAUGUAUUCUAAAACUAAAUGGUGAGAGACUCCGGGGAACUCCAACUCAAUUCAGUCAAGCAUUAGUUUGGAAUGUGGACCCCUAGACUGGCACUAUGAGUUUUUCACCAAUGUGAAAUGGGUUUCACUUGGAUGCCAAUCUUGCACAGUAACUACAUCCUGGACCGGAAAUCUCAUUAACAGAUGAAACAUAAACCUUAGACAUUGGAUCCCUCACAGUACCAUCUUGGAUGUCCAGUCACUAAAUCAAGAAGUGGAAAAUUUAACUAAAGCUGACACAUAACAUUACACAAAUAAUGAACAGGGAACGGAGUGGGAUUUGCACUUUGGAUGAAUGAAUGAACGAAUGAAUGAUUUAUUGCCAAUGUAUCUUAAAGAUACAGUGAAACGUGUUUUGUUGCCACAAUUCAGUGCCAUUUUGAGUUACAAGGAGGGCUUCUGCAACAUGUUCCAGUCCUCAAGGAGUCCCAUUCUGGGAACAGUAAUAACAGCACCGACGCCCCAGGAGACCCCUGUUCUGCUGCUGUUGCUACCUUGCCAACAGCACCAAAAUCCAGGAUCUGGCCACUGCCGCUGCCGAAAGUCCAGGUUCUGAGCCUACUGCCACCAGGGCACCUCCACUGCUAAGAAUCCAGGCUCUGGGCCUACUGCCACCAGGAGUUCCUAUUUGAGGCACCGCUGCUGCCAAUAGUCCUGCCGUAAGAGUGAAGGCUCCGGGCCUACAGCUGCCAAGAGUGCAGGCUCCAGGACUAUCACCACCAAGAGUGCAGGCCCUACCGCUGCCAAGAGUGCGGGCCCUGGGCCCUACCGCUGCCAAGAGUGCAGGCCCGGGCCCCACCACCGCCAAGAGGGCAGGCCCCGGGCCCUACCGCCGCCAAGAGUGCAGGCUCCAGGCCCUACUACUGCCAAGAGAGCGGGCUCCGGGCCCUACUGCUGCCAAGAGAGUGGGCCCCGGGCCCUACUGCUGCAAAGAGUGCAGGCCCCAGGCCCUACUGGGAGUCCUGGUACAUUCUGCUGACACUGUAGCCACUAGCCUGCCAACACCAAUCUGGCCUUGAAGAUGAAGAGAUAGGAAGAAAAGAGAAAAGACAAAAAGUCCAUAGAGAUGAUGCCACCAGGCUGGAGUGCAGGGGUGCCAACGAGCCCAAACACUACCUCGUGUGCUGGUGCCUUCCUGGAUCUCCCUUUUUAAAGUAAUUAAUGUUAAACCUGGCCUAAAAUGCUAUACGAUCUCGGGAAAAUUAUAGGUUCAAUGUAUCAGGCUAAUUAUGUAUGGAAGAAAUCUGAAAUAAUAAGCAAAGGUGAAUAUAUUUUGCAACGUUCCCACAAACGGGAAUUGGCUGAAUGAAACAUUUAGCUUCAUUUGCUGUGACAAACCUCGCUGGCUAGGUUGGUGAUUUUGUAUCACUUUCCCUGCCAGUUAUUUCAAAUAAUUGUUAUUCUUUUAAACAAAAUGUUUAUCCAAGCGAGUGUAUUAAGUGCAUCUCUGAGCAGUUUCUACCUGCCCACUCACAAUGGGGGUGGUUUCUAUUUAUCCACACGGUCGGGUCCUCUAUGGAUUUUUACCUCCGUGGGAGCAAUUUCUCUUAUCAACUCUGGCCAGAUCCCUCAUAAUUUUGAAGACUUCUCCGACAUCUCUCCUUGGCUUUCUUUUGUGCAAGGAAUACAAUCCUUAC